CACCAACCUUAUUAGCAACCUAUAGCUCUCUCUCACAUCUUACACCAGCAUUGCCAGGCUCUGACCGCAUCAGAAGUCUUUUUCUCAUAUAAGGAAUGAAAGGAAAGAGUGGGAGUGUCGGAAUUGACAUCCACUUGGCGUCGAAUGCUGUCCUACCCGAGUUUGUGAAGGAAUGCGGUGAUGACGAGAGCUUGCCACCUUGGAAAUGGAUAUGGGACGUGUGGAAGUUUGCCCAGGAGGACACCAACCGGGUGACCUUCUCCCUAAAAGUGGGGCUGGCUUGUCUCCUGGUGUCACUUCUCAUACUCUUCCGAGCUCCAUACCAAGUGUUCGGCGCCAACAUCAUCUGGUCCAUUCUCACCGUUGCCAUCAUGUUUGAAUACACUGUCGGUGCUACCUUCAAUCGAGGAUUCAAUCGGGCCCUCGGAAGUCUACUAGCUGGAAUCAUUGCCGUAGUGGUGAUCCAGGUAGCCAUUUCCACUGGACGCUUUGCAGAACCUUACGUCAUUGGCCUCAGCAUCUUCCUGAUUGGAGCUUUUACGUCCUUUAUGAAGCUAUGGCCUUCGCUAGUGCCGUACGAGUAUGGCUUCAGGGUCAUCCUCUUCACCUACUGUUUGAUUAUUGUCUCGGGCUAUCGGAUGGGAAACCCAAUCAGGAUUGCCAUGGAUCGCCUCUACUCGAUCGCGAUCGGCGGGCUCGUCGCCGUCCUCGUCAAUGUCCUCAUCUUCCCUAUAUGGGCUGGCGAGCAACUGCACAAGGAGCUCGUCAAAACCUUCAACUCCGUCGCCGACUCCCUCGAAGAGUGCGUGAAGAAGUAUCUAAGUGAUGACGGCUCCAACCGACCCGAGUUCACAAAGACUGUGAAGGAUGAAUUCUCGGAUGAACCAGCAUUCCGGAGGUGCAAGGCUACAUUGAACUCAUCGGCUAAAUUUGAUUCCUUGGCAAACUCAGCCAAAUGGGAGCCACCGCACGGGAGAUUCAGGCAUUUCUUCUACCCAUGGGCAGAGUACGUAAAGGUGGGCGCAGUGCUUCGGCACUGCGCUUAUGAGGUCAUGGCGUUGCAUGGCUGCCUGCAUUCAGAAAUUCAGGCACCCUACAAUCUUAGAUGUGCAUUCCAGUCAGAGAUCCUUGAUGCAACCAACCAGGCGGCAGAGUUAUUGCGCAGCCUGGGGAAAGAUGUAAGCAAGAUGACGCGCAACCUCCAAACAACUCUACUAAAGCAUCUUCAUAAGUCGACAGAACGCCUCCAACGCUCCAUAGACAUGCAUUCCUAUCUUCUUAUUACCUCAAAUCCCGAUUACUAUGAUUGCCCAGCAAAACCAGCUGCUAAACCCUUGAAAACUCUCUCUUUCAACCCAAAGGACUUCUCUGAUGGCUUAACAGAGCCAGAGACUACCAAAGUAGAGCCCAAUGCACCAUUAACAAUGGCUGUCCAAGCUGAGUCUUACCAUGAGACUAUGAAGAAGCAACAGAGGAGGCUGCAUUCAUGGCCUUCAAGAGAGGUUGAUGAUUUUGAAGAAGAUGGAGGUAUUGAUGCUGAACUUAUUCCAAGGAUGCGUGCACUUGAAAGCACCACAGCUUUGUCGCUUGCUACAUUCACCUCACUUCUCAUUGAGUUUGUGGCUCGACUUGAUCACUUGGUUGAAGCGGUUGACAAGCUUGCCAAGAUGGCCAAAUUCAAGCAAGAGUGUACAAGCUAAAGGAAAGCCCUAGGACUGCCUAUCUUCUUCUUGAUCACAAGUACAAAAAAUAACAUUUGUAAAAGAAGCGAAGGCCUGAAAAAAUAUUGUUGAAAU